AUAUUCUUAGGUCCAUCUCACAGUUCUUCUCUACUUUGGUUUAGUACGAAUACCUACUAGUCCCAGGUAGGAGUGCUCCUUCAGAAGUUUCAGGUUCGAGUCUUCGAGAUCUGCUUUGAUCUCGGCUGCUCUUAGCUCCUUGUUGGUCGACAUUUAUCAACCUGGUGGUGGCGAAACUGAUCAUGGGUUAGGCCAGUUAAUUUGCUGCUGCUUUCUUGCUUGGUCUUGUGCGUACAGAGAAUAUAUAUUGGUCACCAAUGGUGCAUUAUCCUCAACCGCGGCCAUGGGUAACGCUCGAGUCUGAAGCAAGGGGCGACCUACUUUCUAAAAUUUGUAGAAAUUCAAGUAUAAAAGUCAUUUAUUUUCAUGGCUGGGAUGGAUUCGGGACGGCACCAGUCCUUCGAUCUGUUGCCCAGAAAGUCCUUGAUGAUCUGAAGGCUCCUCCUAAAGAAACAUGGUUUGACCGAAUAGUUUAUUUGGAUUGCUCAGCAUGGAAUGGUAGAAGGGCCAUGCAGAGAGUCAUUGCUGAGGAGAUAAAACUUGGCAAUGAAACAAUGGCAUUGCUGGAUAAGCAGGACGAGGAGGAUGACUUUGAUGGAGUGGACCAAAGAUCUAGGGAUGUGGUACGAGGUGUUGCUACAAUGAUUUAUGAAACCCUGAAGGAUAGCAAAUUCUUGAUCCUUUUUCUUAAUGGUAGUGAUGAGGAGAUUGACGUGGCCACCAUGGGUGUUCCUCCAUUUUCAGAAUUCCGAAACCAUGCAAUGAUAUGGGCCUUUAGGAGAAGGUCUCUGACCAUAAACUUUAGGAGCAGGAUGUCUAUGAGAGCAGACAAAUGUAGAUACACCCAGGAUUUCUACGGUUGCAGGGACGAACUCAGGAUCAGGAGAAUCUUUAACAGUGUGCUGGAUGGUGAGGUUGCUGCCAUAGUAGCUCGUUACCCAUUUCUGCGAAGCAUCCACGCAGCAAAUACAAUGGUCAAAGAUUGCUGUCUCUACGAAUUGUGCCUACACUACAAUUUUCAUAGAAUCACCAAAUAUGAUUGGGUUGCUCAAGCUUCAAACUAUUGGAUAUGCGAUGGAAUCAUAAAAGAGGACACUGCAAAGGAAAUCAGUGACUCGUUGCAUCGUGAGAUAACAUGGGAGUGUGAUAGUGUUUACUUGCUUGAUGAGGUGCUAACAAAUGUCAUGUUGGGAACUAAACCGCCAUUUUUGUGGGCUGUUAAAGAGGGCGGUUUGGGCUAUGAGGAGGGACCCUACCGCUGGAUUUCAGUCACCUCAAGGAAUCUAGAAGCACACGGUGUGCGAGAAAUACCUGCAGUGACAUCGUCCUUCUUCCUGGCAUUUGAAACACCAAAUUCCCCAACAAAUUUACCAGCUAGCUUGUUCACGAAUGCCAGAUACCUUGGUCUGCUUGUUCUGUGUCAUUGUGCCUUCAGUUUUGCAUCACCUCCUUUCUUUGUGUGCCAAGCCCUAAGGUUCCUCGGAUUGGAUCACUGCACAGAUGAUACCACCAGUCAUAGCAGUGGGCAAUGGGCGACUUUAUGUGGUCUAUAUGUGUUGGAUCUACGUUACACAGUCUGGAAUGAGAUAUUCUCUCAAGAGAAGUUGGAGCUCAUGAUUAACCUUAGGGAGCUACAUGUAGAAGGAAGCAGAUGCUGGCCGGACAAUACUCACCUGCAGGGACGGUUACUGAACCUUGAGAAGCUCAGAAUAAUCAAAUCACAAGGUGAGACAUUAACAGAUAUUAGCACGUCCUUUAUGGACAAGACAAAGUUGGAAAUACUUGACUUGUCUGGAAGUCUUUGGGUGACAGUUCUACCAGCCAGUCUAUCAAAGGCUUGUAGUCUUAAGGUGCUUGUUCUUGAUGGUUGUGAAGAAUUGGAAACUGUUGUUAUCCCUGAUGCUCUUCCUUCCUCUCUCAUAUCUUUCAGCUUUGAUAGUUAUGGGCCAGCAUCCAGGAAAUGGAUACCAUGUGUUGAGUUACCCCCCAGCAAUUUGCGUCCAUCUUCUGCAGAUGAGAAGCAAGCCAAAGCCUCCAAGAUCUCCUUGGAAGGCUGCACCCUACUAGAAAAUUUGUUCUUGCGUGGCCUUCCCAACCUUGUGGAACUGGACCUCUCUGGAACUGCAAUCAAGAUGCUCAACUUUGAAACUAUGGUGGUGCAGGUCCCAGGGCUCAAGCGACUGUUUCUAAUAGGCUGUGAGAAUCUUCGUGCAAUAAUAUGGAACAAGAGGUGUUUUAACUUAGAGUUGCUGUGCAUUGAUACACGAGCUGGAAUCCGACAUCCUUGGCCAUCCCUUGGCCUUGACCAGAAGAAAUCCUUUAGACUGCAUGCUGUUCUAGUGGAUGCAAGGCUUGUCCGUUCCCUUUACUUCCCAAUAGAAAACCGAAUGACAGCCCGGAGUGAGAAUUUUCAGUUUAGCAUCCAUUUUACCUCUUCAUCCAUCAACAGUGGUGGUGCCCUACAAUUUGAAGGACCCUGUAAGGAGAAGAUCAAACCCAGCCACCACUUGAGGCCUCAGGUAGUCCCAACAAUCCCAUACGUGGAUGUCCCUGAUGUGGGGGGAGACGUCCCAAUGCAAGAUUUCCCGCAGCUUCUCCCUCCAGCAUCAGCAGUGAAUCGCUACAUUGAGGUCGCUCAAGGGAGCCACAGUCUGGAGAGUGAACUAGCAGUAGCACAUAAGGAACUUCAUGAUAUUAUGGCAUCCCAUGCUGAGUUCCUUCAUGUCCAUGAUGUCUCCAUGAGUGCUAGUUUGCAUUUUGUCUAUUAUCCCGGCGUUAGGUGGUGCCGUGUAGAACGGUGCAGUAACAUGGAAACCAUCUUCUCUGCGGCCUCGACCAGUUUCGGUCAAAUGGAGACUUUCUGGGCAUCGGAUCUGCCCAAGGCCCGCUACAUCUGGUGCAAGAGCAGUAAGCCUGACUGGAUGGAUAGAGGUGACUAUCGCUCCUUUGUUAAUCUUCGGCACUUGCACCUGCGCUCCUGCCCCAGACUAGAGUUCGUGCUACAUGCUGAUGGAACCUACUCCUUCCCGAGUUUGGAGACCCUGAACAUCAUCCACUGCAGCGAGUUGAGGCACGUCUUCGUACUGAAGAUGACAUAUAGCAGACGGAGGAGGGACAUAGCCACCUACGGUGCAACGUUCCCGAAGCUUACCACCAUCCGCCUGCAGGACCUACCGCUGCUGCAGCAGAUAUGUGUGGUCAAGAUGGUGACGCCCAUGCUGCACACCGUCAAGGUCAGCGGUUGCUGGGCCAUGCACCGGCUAUCAACCGUCAUCGCCACCGGUGGCCAAGAGAAGAAGCCGACCGUGGAGAUGGAGAAGGAGGUGUGGGAUGCGCUGGAGUGGGAUGGCCCGGAGGCAGGCCACCACCACUCCCUCUUCGAGGUGCGCCACUCUCAUUACUACAAGAAGAAACUGGUCAGGGGCGCACUUCUUAGGUGAGUUGCCGAGGCUCGCUUAUUUUCCGGCAUUUGGGUUGGACUGCUGCUACUCCCUCGCCAUCGACCUUGGUGUUCUCCUUUGCUAUCUCUUUGUGUUGUCGGCCAUCGAUCUUGGUGGAGUUGGCAAAAAUUGAUCAGUAAGUUUAAUUAUUUGCUAAGAAGUUAAAAGAAGAAGCCUCCUGGCUAAUGGCGCUGUUCUAUUUACGACAGCAAUUGUUAAGUAUCUCAAAUAAUUAUCUCAGACAUUGAAUUUGGGUGUAUGUUGGAGCUGACUGUAUGUGUGAUUCAGUUACAACGGGGGAUAAACUUCCAGCGUGCUAUGUAAUUUGACUAUAUGUGGGACCAUGUGUUUGCAGCUAAAAGAAGUUUGCUAUCGUUGCCGCUGCUCCCAUGCUCCUGAAAUGUUUUUUU